CCGGGCACACUGGAACCGAGAGUAAAGUAAAUUGCUGUGAUGUGAUAUUUUAACAAAAAUCGAGCGUGGCGUGCGUGAAAUUCGUUUUGUAAAUAAUAUUAUGAGCCCUACCGCAGCGGCAUCGAACAAUUGUGCUUGUAAAAGUUAAUAUUCCUCUUAUAAACUAUUAUAAAUUUAAAAGCCUGAAACAAAUCAAUAUCAAUCAAACUGGAACCAAAUGUAUAGAAAGUCUUCGGUGAAAAAAAUAUAAAGAAAAAAAAACUAAAACCAAGAAAAGCUGAGAAAACCAAAAAACAAAUAAAUUACCGUGAGACUUUAACUAAAACACCAUGUAUCGCAUUAGUCCAAUUGGACGCAAAUCGAACUUCCAUUCGCGCGAGAAAUGUCUGAUUGGACUCGUGCUUGUAACCCUGUGCUUCCUCUGCUUCGGCGGCAUUUUCCUACUGCCGGAUAAUUUUGGCAGCGACCGGGUCCUGCGGGUCUACAAGCACUUCCAGAAGGCCGGGCCCGAGAUCUUCAUCCCAGCACCGCCCAUCGCUGGCCAAGGUCAUGCUCCGCAUCGCAACGAGGAUCCACAUUUUAUUGGUGAUCGUCAGCGGUUGGAGCAGAAAAUCCGUGCCGAAUUGGGUGACAUACUGGAUGAGCCCCCCGCCGCUGGCGAGGCUCAGGCCAUGGCCCAAGCCCAAGCACCGGCACCGGUGGCCGCUCUCAUGGAUCAGCAGGAACGGGAACGGGAACGGGAACAGGAACGGGAUGCCGGUGGCGAAGAUGGCCAACAUGCGGCAAUACCUGUGCUGGCAGCACCCGUUCAAGGCGGUGACGGUGGUGUGGGAUCAGGACCCAGUCAGGCGGUAAUCAAUGCCCAAAGUCCCGCCCAACAGGUGCAUUUGCCACUCGGUGGCGGUGGCAAUGAACAGGCACCGGAUACACUGGAUGCCACGCUGGAGGAGCGACGUCAAAAGGUCAAAGAGAUGAUGGAACAUGCCUGGCACAACUACAAACUGUAUGCUUGGGGCAAGAACGAGCUGCGUCCUUUGUCGCAACGUCCACAUUCGGGCAAUUUUGGCUCUUACGAUUUGGGUGCCACAAUUGUGGAUGGUUUGGAUACCCUGUAUAUUAUGGGACUGGAGAAGGAGUAUCGUGAGGGUCGUGACUGGAUUGAACGAAAGUUCUCACUGGAUAACAUCAGUGCCGAAUUGAGUGUCUUCGAGACAAAUAUUCGAUUUGUUGGCGGCAUGCUAACUCUGUACGCCUUCACCGGGGAUCCCCUGUACAAGGAGCGGGCUCAACAUAUUGCAGACAAACUCCUGCCAGCCUUCCAAACCCCCACGGGUAUUCCUUAUGCCUUGGUUAAUACAAAAACCGGUGUGGCCAAGAACUAUGGCUGGGCAUCGGGUGGAAGUUCAAUCUUAUCAGAAUUUGGAACCCUGCAUUUGGAGUUUGCCUACUUGAGUGAUAUCACUGGAAAUCCAUUGUAUCGAGAACGAGUUCAGACCAUUCGCCAGGUGCUCAAGGAGAUUGAGAAGCCAAAGGGCCUGUAUCCCAAUUUCCUUAAUCCCAAGACGGGUAAAUGGGGACAACUUCACAUGUCCCUGGGUGCUCUGGGUGAUAGCUACUACGAGUAUUUGCUGAAAGCCUGGCUGCAAUCGGGACAAACGGACGAGGAGGCACGCGAGAUGUUCGAUGAGGCUAUGCUGGCCAUUCUGGACAAGAUGGUGCGCACCAGUCCCGGUGGACUGACCUAUGUCUCUGAUCUUAAAUUUGAUAGGUUAGAGCAUAAAAUGGAUCAUUUGGCCUGCUUUUCGGGUGGCCUGUUUGCCUUGGGUGCUGCCACAAGGCAAAAUGAUUAUACGGACAAGUACAUGGAGGUGGGCAAGGGCAUUACAAACACCUGCCAUGAGAGUUAUAUAAGAGCGCCCACACAACUGGGACCCGAGGCCUUCCGAUUCAGCGAUGCUGUGGAGGCCCGAGCUUUGCGAUCACAGGAGAAAUACUAUAUCCUGCGACCAGAGACCUUUGAGAGCUACUUUGUCCUGUGGCGACUCACUCAUGACCAGAAAUAUCGCGAUUGGGGCUGGGAGGCGGUCCUGGCCCUGGAGAAGCACUGCCGCACGGCCCAUGGUUAUUGCGGUCUGCGAAAUGUCUACCAGCAGGAGCCGCAAAAGGACGAUGUCCAGCAAAGCUUCUUCCUGGCCGAAACACUAAAGUACCUGUACUUGCUGUUCUCGGACGAUUCGGUGCUGCCGCUGGACGAAUGGGUGUUCAAUACGGAGGCACAUCCUCUGCCCAUCAAGGGAGCGAAUGCGUAUUACAGGCAGGCGCCCGUAACGCUCCCAGCAUCCAAUGCCUCGUAAACGGCAUAGCUCUGCACUUUACUUAGCUCUCAGUAAUGGCAUACUUAAUGUGUGUGGGAGAUAGCACUAAACCACCUCUCUCCCCCUCUCUCUCUUUUUUUUUUUUUUUUUGUUAGUUUUGUAUAAGUUUUUAGGUAGCUUACACGUAAUCUCAGCGGGGAAUCUUUCAAUUGUAACAUAUUUAUAAAGCUUGCACAUACAUGAAUAUAUAUUAAUAUGUAUAUGUAUAUGUAGGAAGCCAAAAGAAAAAAAAAACGGAUAUAUCGUAGUUUAGUUUUUAACUGUUUGCACAAGAUCCUCAAAACUCUCUCUCUACCUAUCUUUGAUUUCUUAAAUAAUAAUAAUAAUAAUCCAAAUAUUUGACAGAGGCGAUGAUAUGAGGCGACCUCAAUUUCCAUUUAAAGGCGAAUGAUAUUACUUACGAUAUUGAUGAUGAUAUGAUAUAUGAUACAUAAUGAUAAUGAUAAAUGUAAAACUCAGGUGUUCUAAUUAUGAUUUACCUUGCGUUGCACAAGGCACUUUCUGACUAACUAGCCACGUAGUUACGUAAGUAACACUACGUAUCUCUGAAGCAUUCAAUGUCGCAUAUAUGGCGAUAUAUUGAUGAUGAUCUGAUGCUUUCCAAUUCGAAUCUUUUGAUCACUUUCGUUGUGUAAAUAACUUCUUAAACUUUCCUCGCAAAAAUGAAGGGCAAACGACGAAAAUCGAAUUGAUAUUUAUACAGAUAAAUAAAUAUAUAUAUACAGAUAUAUAUAUAUUCUUACACAAUAUUGUUUACUUUGUAGCCUAAAUGUUUAAGCAUAAAUCUAAUCUAGGACCUAGCUCCAGAACAUCAAGCGAAACGAAAGCGAAACUAAAUUAAAUAUACUUAUACGAGAAUACAAUUAAAUAAAUAAAUAAAUAAAUCUAUAUAUAUUUGUAUUUAACUAAAUCAAAUAAAACGUAGGCAAUUGUUAAAAAAAGUAAACGUAAUUAUACAAUAGCACGAGCUGAGCGAAUGGUAAUUUAAUUUUUAACAAGUGUAAAGGUUUUUUAUACACAUAAACAAUACCAAUUACAAUAAUCAUAUUUUUAAUUCUAUUUAUAAAAUGUAAUCCAUAGCCAUAAGCCACACG